UGGUAGUGUGACCGAGAAGAGUAAUUUUGUAAUGUUAUAUUGCAUUAAAAAUUUUGAAUAAGGAUGGUACUAACUGGAUAUUUGUUUUUCCUUAAUGUAUUUUGUUUUUAUCAUGUGAACGAACACCGGUGAUCACCUAAUAGGUUAUAUCAGUACUAAUUGAAUUAUAAACUAAGCCUAAUCAUUGAAGCUAAAAAAAGAAACAUUAGUAAGAAUUGAUUUUGGAAGAGCUCACAUUGGAAUAAAACAAAAUGAAAAGUGACAGUCAAGAGACAUCUAAUCCAACGAAAGAUGAAGAGGAAAAUAAAUAUAUUUUAGGAAAUGAUGUAGAGAAUUUUUUUGACAGUCUUUUCAAUAGAGGUGGACAUCCAAAUGUAGACAGGCGUUACUUGAAGACAACUGUCCCAGAUGACAAUGAAUCUGUAACUCUAAAAUUGAUUAACUCAAAAUUAGUCUGUUAUCCAAAAAAGGAGUAUAAAAUACCACCGCCAAAUGAUAAUGAAUCUUACGAAUACUAUAUUCCUGGUGUCAAAGGAAGUACUUCAAUAUUAUUUCCCGCUUUUUCAUCCCUUAACGUGAAAGAGCAGAAUAUUUUGUAUCGUUAUCAUUCCUUGAUGUUUUAUAAUGUAAGAGUACUUACUGAACAAGAAACUGCAGAAUUCAAGGAAUUGAUGAAUAAGGCUAACAUUGAUUACCCUGCUUACCAAUCCUUUGUGUAUAACCAGUGGAUCCAUCUUCACGCCCCACGAGUUCGGCAGAUACCUCCUGGAGUGAAGCUAUACACUGAGUACCUGUGGCACACGAAGGCAGAACAGUGCCUGCAGUUGUUCCCUAAUUACUACAAGACUCUUAACUCCACUAUCCCUCUUACUCUUAAUGAUCCACAUGAAGCCUACGCAGUCAUGGACUUCGUUAGACACGUCUUCGUUAGGGGGACCCCGGCAAGAAUGUCACUGCCCAGUGUGAAGAGUCCUUGUGAGCUUCUCACAGACUUCAGAGACUUGUGCAAGAUAAAGCCAGUUGCGGUCGAAGACAAAGACUUGAGAGUGAAUCCUGUUAUUCGCCAGAGAGUGCCAAUAAGCAUGGACUCUUUUGUGGAGUACUGUAUGAACAGAGAACCUAACAUUGAUGUGGUGAUCACCAAUAGUGGAAUCAAAACCAUCGUUGACAUUGACAGAUUCAAGAAGGAUUGGAUUCUACCGGUAACCAUCAAGAAUGUACCCCUGGAGAACGGUGAGAUCAAGAAAAUCGUCAUUAUUGAUAAGAAAUUGCCAACUAACGUCAUGUCUGUACAUGACCACAAACGUUUGGCAUGGCAAGAUUGCUGCCAAAUGGGCUCUUAUACUGGCUUCUUCACCUCGCCUUCUACAGAAUGAUGGCGUAGCAGCAGCAGCUGAAAAGACAGCGACUGA